AAGGUACCUUUUAGGUACAAGGUAUCUUUUUACUGCUUCCCAACCUCCGUCUCCUUUCCAAUCUUCUUCCUACUACCUAGGUCCUAGUAUCACAACACGUCUCAGACUUUUUGUUCGACCUCCCCUCAACUAACGAAGUGACCUUGCUCGGUUACAGGUAGGUAGGCGCGCAGGAGAUAGUCAUUCAGCACUCCAUUCGUCUUACCUAUCGCAAGUUACAUCAAAAGGUGACCAGAAAAAAGAAAAAAGAAAACUGCAACGAACCCCCAAUAGCACCAUGGCUCCCAUGGCACUCUUCGCGACUGUGAUGCUGCUCUUCACAGGCAUCACCAACGCCCACUUCACCGUAGAGCACCCUCCCACCAUCGGCCAAUUCAAUGACGACACCGAGGGCGAUCAACCCUGCGGCGGCUACUCGCCUGACAUCGCCAAAGUCUCUCCUACGGAUUUCCAUAUAGAUGGCGAUGUCAUCGCUACCACCCUCACCCAUCCCCAGAGCACAUGGCUCUACCGUAUCAAUGUCGACCCUACUGCUCAAGGCAACUGGACCGAAGUCUGGCCCGUUUUCCAGCAGAGCGGCCAAGGAAAAUUUUGCAAUCCCCGAGUCACCAUCCCUCGCGAGUUCCUCGGCAAGAAAGGCUUCAUCGGCAUUGUCUCUCACGCCGUCGAUGGAUUUCUCUACCAAUGCUCCGCUGUCCACUUCGUCGAAGGAACUGGUACUACACCUAAUGACUGCACCAAUAGCUCAAGUGUCACCACCAGCUGGGUUUCUGACGAUCAGCUGACCGCCAAGCUCAACGAGUCUACUCCGUCAUCAUCCGGACAGCAUACUCCCAACUUGGCCGUCUCGAGUAAGGGAGGGGCAUUCCAAGGCUUGGGAGGCUUGGUCACGGUCGGCCUGAUGGUGGUUCUAGGUGCAAUGCUGACGGUCUGAGACCUGCAUGGCAAGGAAAUGGUUUGAAUCCGAGAAUGUUUUUUUUCUUGGUGCAUUGACUACGCGAAGCAAGCUUUUCUACUCUGGUGUCAUUUCUAGCCGUUG